AUGGAUAAAGAUGGUGAACCAGAUGUUGCUCAUUUUCAAAUUGAAAAAAGCGGGUAUUAUACUCGCCGUAAAAUACAUGUGAGACCGAAUAUAAGGCCUUACUUGGUUGGGGAUUUGUCCCGUAUAUUCAAGUAUUUGUCUGACUUCAAGCAUUCAAUCUCUCAUCUAAUUCAGUACAUGGAAAAUAUUCCAGUAUUCAUUCAUUAUAAUGGAGAGUGGAAUCAGAGUAUGGACUACAUCAAUUUUGAUGUUACUGGAAUGGUUUUGCCGGAUGAAUGUGACUACAUCAGUUUACUACAGAAACUAAAUAAUCAACUGGAAAGCAACCAGAGAGCUACUGAACUAGAAGUCAAGUACCAAGUGAAGAACGGAUAUCCAUUUUUGAAGAUACAAGAUAAUGCUACUUUAUUCUUUUACAAAGAGCUCAAAAAACAAGAUGGAGAUUGCACAAAGUAUCCAUUGUGCAUAUCAUUUGCCAAAAGUCAAAGGGACGUCAACUUCUUUGAUUCAACUUUAUUAUUGACUAAUACCCAAAUCAGAAGCAUUCAUACAGCUGCUGCCUCAAGCUCAAAAACUACGUCAGAAAUGAUGUCAUUUAAUGGAGAAGCAGACGGUAGCAUUUCAAAGGCAGUCCUUUGCGCAAACUAUGCGAGUAAUGACUUUGAUGGCGAGGACGAAGAGAUAGAGAGCAAGUUUGAUGAUGCGAAUGUGAUAUCGAAUAGAAAACAUCCAGAAAUUGAUCAAGGGCAGAUUUACAAAGACAAAAAAACUUUGAGCACGGUUAUGAGCUUCUACGCGAUAAAGAAUCACUUCCAAUAUAAGGUGAAGAAGUCAUGUAGAAGACAGUUUUUCUUAGAUUGUUGGGAUGAGAGAUGUGAUUGGAAAUUAAGAGCUUCAAGAAAAAGAAACACAAGCAUGUUCAUGAUAAGGAAGUUGAACAAUGUUCAUAUUUGCCCAUUAGAAUCAAGAACAAGCAACCAAAGGCAAGCAACAUCAGCAAUCAUUGGAGAGUGCAUUAAGUCAAAAUUUCUGAGUUUAAAAACAGUUUACACGCCGGGAGAUAUAUUGAGGGACAUGAAAGAAGACUACGGUGUAAACAUCAACUAUACAAAAGCUUAUAGAUCAAAGGAGAUGGCUCUUGAAAAAAUAAGAGGAAGAGCCGAUGAUUCAUUUGGAAAGCUGCCGUCUUAUUUAUAUCUCCUACAAAUUGCAAAUCCAGGAUCAUUUGUGAGAUUACAAACUACAGAAGACAACAGCUUUCUCUACGUGUUCAUGGCUUUAGAUGCUUCAAUAAAAGGGUGGACUUCGUGUAUGCCUUUGGUAGCAGUUGAUGGCACAUUUCUAAAGUCAGCUUAUGGUGGAACACUGCUCUCAGCAAGUACACAAGAUGGAAACGGCAAAAUUUUCCCCUUAGCGUUUUCAGUGGCAGAUUCUGAAAAUAAUGAAUCAUGGGAAUGGUUUAUUCAAAAUUUAAGAGAGGCAUUUGGAUUGAGGGAGGGAAUGUGUAUUAUUUCGGAUCGGCAUGAGAGCAUCAAAAAUGCAAUUGGAAAGGUAUAUCCUGAAGUUAGCCAUGGAAUAUGUACCUUUCAUUUGUACAACAACCUCAAAACAAAUUUCAGGAAGAAAUCAAAAGAUUUCAGAAAAACAUUUUUCAAAGCAGCAAGGGCAUACACUAAAGAUAAAUUUGAAUUUUACAUGGAUGAAAUUGAUGAGAUGGAUGCGCGUAUAAGGCCGUAUCUAGAAAAAGUGGGGUAUCCAAAAUGGGCGAGGGCACAUAUUACAAACAAUAGACAUUUGAUGAUGACAACAAAUGUGGCAGAAUCUUUGAAUGCAAAAAUUAGAGGUGCAAGGGAACUACCAAUAACACCUUUGUUAGAGUACCUACGAGCAUUGGUUCAAGAAUGGACAUAUACAAAUAGGUUCUCAGCCAUGUCAACCUUCACAAGCGUUUCAAAAAGAGCUGAAAACAUGCUACAUGAAAACUACAUUGAUUCGCUGAAAAUGAAGGUAUCAAAAUCAACUGAUCAACUAAGUACGGUUUAUGAACAUGACCUGAUAUUCACAGUAGAUUUGAAAGAAAAAACUUGUACUUGUAGAAGAUUUCAAAUGGACAAACUUCUGUGUCCACAUGCCAUGGCGUUACUAAAAGAGCUACACCAAGAGCCUUAUAGGUACUGUUCAGAAUACUUUGGAAAAGAAAUGAUGUUAAAAACUUAUGAAGGGAUAGUAUAUCCAGUUGACAAUCAAAACUUGCCUAGCAUACCAACAAAUGUUACAGAGAAAAUAGUCCUGCCGCCACAUGGAAAAACCAAGUCAGGAAGACCAAAGAAGAGGAGAAUUAAAGGGCCAUGCGAAUCUACAAAUCAGAACAAAUGCAGCAGGUGCGGAGUUUACGGACACAACAGGAAAACGUGCCAAAAUGCCCCAAAAAAAAUUGAUUGUAAUUCUUUAGUUAUUUGA